UUCGCCGUCCUGCUCCGUGGCGGGGCGCGAGCGGGGCUCCGGGCAGGCCUUGACCCGGGGUAGCCCGAACCCGCCGCAUCGAGGCCUCGCGAAGCCCGGCCUCUGGAGUCCGGCGGCCCCCGGCUUCGCUCCGCCCGCAGGGCCAUGGCCGAGGUGCACGUCAUUGGCCAGAUCGUGGGAGCCAGCGGAUUCCCCGGCAGCGGCCUCUUUUGCAAGUGGGGGAUCCACACAGGUGGAGCCUGGAAACUGCUCUCGGGACUUCGAGAGGGACAGACGCAGGUCGACCACCCCCAGAUGGAUGAUGUGGCUUACUGGUGCCACCCCAUUGACGUUCACUUUGCCACCAAAGGCUUGCAAGGUUGGCCCAAGCUCCACGUCCAGGUGUGGCACCAGGAUGCCUUUGGGCGCACCGAACUGUACGGCUACGGCUUUUGCCACGUGCCCUCCAGCCCUGGCUUCCACCGGCUGGACUGUGUCACCUGGCGCCCGCUGGGCUCCUGGCAGGAGCAGCUGUCCCAGCUCUUUGUGGGGGGGGGCCCGCAGCUGCUCAGCAGUGACUUGAUCUACACGGGAGCCGACCGCUACCGCCUGCAGACGUGCGCGAUGGGCACCGUGCAUUUCCAGCUGGCUGUGCUCCUCCGCAACUUUGACCGCUACGGGGUUGAGUGCUGAGACCUCUUCGCCUUGGCUCGGAGGAGGGUGGGGCCGUGAAUUCCCAAACCUCAGGGAUGGGAAGGACUUGGGAAAGGGGAGGCUCUCUCCCCCCAUCUGCUCUCGAAAGGAAGUCCCCAACUCUGGUCGAGCUGCGAAAAUCACAAGCCGCAAUGCCUCACUUUGAUCUCAGUCUUUGCAACAAAAACUGGGACUAAUGGUGGGAGCCUGGCCCUGUUUUCUCUCUCCUGAUUUCUCUUUCUAGUCGCAAUCUUCAGCCUUGGGUGCCCUGCAGGCAUGGGAUGGUUCUUCUUUCGGAUCUUUUCUGGGUUGAUUUUCUUGAGCAGAGUUUGGCCAGAUCGCUCCACACAGGAAGCCUCGCUCUGUCUGGACGCUUGUUCUCUGCAGGAUGUAUUGAUUCUGUUUUAUGGAGCAGAAAAAGAUCUAUUUUCUCAUUAACUUUAAA